UCUGAUCUACACGCAUGGAAUCCACACAGGUUUAUAAAUUCAGAACAACCUGUAUAUAUGAGACAGAUAGAGGACUAAGCUGUUAAACUCAGAGAGCAGCCAGCCUUACAAGAGAGAGAGAGAGAGACCAUGAAUUCAGACUUGUAUAAUGCCGCAGCUGGAGGUGAUAUUGAGACCCUAAAGAGAAUAUCAAACUCAGAACUACUGGAAUCCCAAGAAACCCCUCAAAAGAACACAGUCCUUCAUGUUGCAGUACAAGUUGCAUCAGCAAGAAAUGAGAAGGGACCAUAUUUUGAGAAAGAAAAGAUUGAGGAGAUAUGCAAAAUAUGUCCAGCCCUUAUCCGAAGAGUAAACUCGAAAGGUGAUACUCCGCUGCACAUCGCCGCAAGGGGAGGCCGAUCAGACAUAGUGAAACUACUAGUUGAUGAAGAUGCUAUUCCGCGAUCGCUAGUGACAAUGGUGAAUUCGAAGAAAGACACGGCCCUGCAUGAAGCCCUUAGAAAUCACCAUCUCUUCGAUCGGAAAUAUCAGAAUGAGUACCUUGAGGUAGUGAAGACGUUGUUACAAAAAGAACCAGAAUUGUCCAAUUUCAUCAAUGAUGCAGGUGAAAGCCCAGCUUUCAUGGCUACCAGGGAAGGACUAUGUGACUUCUUGGUUGUGAUCUUAAAUUUGGAUUGUUGCAAAGAAUAUGGUGGCCCAGGCAAAAGCACUGCUUUGCACGCAGCAGUUCUUUUAAGGGAAGAUGGAGAAAAGACUGGCAUUUAUGAUUAUAUCCAAUCAGCAAAGACAGCAGGAGGAACAAGAAACAUAGGUAUGUCGUUGUUACUUAUAUAAAAGGAGGACUCAACUACAUCAUACCAUUUGUGAUAUGUUUAGAUCAAUGAAGAGGAGCACCCCGGGUGUAACUCCGCUGGUCCAAAGGCGUUGUGUGUUAACAAACGUCUUCAGUUCAAAUCUUUCCACAACUGAUUAGUUACAUGGGUUAGGUGUAGCUGCGUGUAACUGGGGAAAACCUGUGAGCUUGAACUAUAAAAGUAGGUAGAUUCAAGGAAUUAUUAGAAAGUGGUGAGAAAAAAAAUUAAUCAAAGAGGUCCCACCAUAAGGGUUUACAAAUUUUUAACUAAUAUAUUUCUAGAUGUUCCACCAUAUUUCUAUGGUGACUCAAAUGGUGGAACUGAAAUUUUGUAAACAUAUAAGGAGAAAGUUUUCCUUCACCUAUAGGGUUUUAGUAUAUUCCCAAAAUACCCUCCCAGUG